AUGCAACCCAGCAACCCAUCCAGGAGGCACUUCACAAUCGAUGACUUUGAAAUCGGACGUCCUCUGGGCAAAGGUAAAUUUGGGAACGUCUACCUGGCUCGACUGAAGAAGAACCAUUUCAUCGUGGCCCUGAAGGUCCUCUUCAAGUCCCAGCUUGAGAAGGCGGGACUGGAGCACCAGCUGCGCAGGGAAGUCGAGAUCCAGGCGCAUCUUCAACACCCAAACAUCCUACGCCUGUACAACUAUUUCCAUGAUGCUCGCCGGAUAUACCUGAUUCUGGAAUAUGCUCCCAGGGGUGAGCUCUACAACUUUUUGCAGAAAAGCGGCCCCUUAGAUGAGCAGCGCACGGCUACGAUAAUGGAGGAGCUGGCAGAUGCCCUGACAUACUGCCACAAGAAGAAGGUGAUUCACAGGGAUAUUAAGCCAGAGAAUCUGCUGCUGGGACUGAUGGGUGAGGUGAAGAUCGCAGACUUUGGCUGGUCUGUGCAUGCCCCCUCCCUCAGGAGACAGACAAUGUGUGGGACCCUGGACUACUUGUCCCCAGAGAUCGUCGAAGGCAGAAUGUACGAUGAGAAGGUGGACCUGUGGUGUGUUGGCGUGCUCUGCUAUGAGCUGCUGGUGGGCAAGCCGCCCUUUGAGAGCGCCUCUCAGAGUGAGACCCAGAGGCGCAUCCUCAAGGUGGAUGUGACGUUUCCUCCCUCAAUGCCCGUGGGGGCUCAGGACCUGGUCUCCAAGCUUCUUAGGUUCCAGCCCUCAGAGCGGCUGCCCCUGGCUCAGAUCCUGGUGCACCCCUGGGUGAAGGCUCACUCCCGGAGGGUGUUGCCUCCCUGUGCUCAGAAGGCCUCCUGA